AUGGACGAGCACACCCCCGCGUCAAGUGCUCCGGACAGUCCCCUCCCACCGCCUCUGCCGCCGCGCCUACCGCCGCGCCCAUCUUCACAGCGAGUGCCCGAUGUCCAGGCCAUGCAGCCACCCCCUCUACCUCCUAGGUCAUCUCAUGCGUCGGAGCAUACUGUAAAGACAUCUUUGGAAGCUUCGCCUGUAAUCGUGCCCACCGACGCUACCUCACCUGUCUCCGCUCUUACACCCGAUGGGUCUCCUACCCUGGAAUCAGCGCGAACACCCCCGACGGCACCCACGACUCUACCAAGCGAGGCACCACCCUCUGUCAUGCUGUCAGACAACUCCUCCAAGCUUGAUUUGCCGCUCUCCGAUGUGAAAGAGCCCACUGAGGCUGAGCUGAGGGAGGAGUACGACAACCAGGAGAUAGAGAAGUAUCUGGCUCUAUUCUCUGCGAUUACCGAGGUCAGGCUACCUGGUUCAACCGGACUGUCUCCAGUGCCUUCAACAGUGAACGUAGGUACCGGCGGUGACGAUGAUCUGACGGACGAGACCGCGGCCAAAGUAGAUCUGUCUGGCCCACGUGCGCCUCCAUCUUCUCUCUCGGAACGUAUAGCGCGAGACUUCAUACUUCCAUUUCUGCCUGACAAUACACGUCCACCACCUCCGGCAUUCAGUAUUGGUCGCUUGCGCGUCGCUGUACAGCGGAUGUAUGUAAUUGCGGACAUGGGCUAUCUCCCUUUGGUGCUAUUCAUCAUACGACUUGCGACCUGGAAAGAAUUCGGAGUUAGCGCCCGAUGGUGUGCUGCAUUCUGGUGUCUAUGGGCGAUGAAUAUGUUGACCCCAUCCAUCUUCGCCGGACUUCUAUUCCUUCUAUUGAAGAAGCGUAUUGCGCCAUAUCCUACACGCAAGCAACUGCGGAUGCACGUCGAGAAGAUGGCAGAUGCACAGGAAUUUGGCGCAUACUUCCAGGCAACACUUCUACGACCGUACGACGUUGGAGUUAAAGACGUCUUGUUGCUCGGGCGCAUGCUCCCCGGUGCUUUCAGGAGACAUGAAAAGAAGAAGUCUUCGAAUGCGUCGGCAUCUGUAGUCGACUUGCUAGACGCAAAGGCCGACGUACCACCGGUGGUCGUAGAGAAUCCAGAUGGUGAAGUAGAGGCGCUUGCGGAUCUGAAUACUCUGUCUUUGCUGGAGGUAGAAACCAUCGCGCUUCGGGUGCUAUCCGAACUGGCCGAUCUCAAUGAACGCAUACUGAAUCUAUACAUGUGGAAGAACCCUCGUAUAUCCAGCGCUUUCGGCUUCAUCCUGCUUGGGCUGUUUCUGGUGACCUUCCUAGUGCCGACCGAAUACCUGAUAAAGCUGAGCUUGGGGGCGGCUGGCUUCACAUUCUGGCACGUUGUGCCGGUGAUCAUUGCUCUCGGGCCCGAGGGUAGAGAUCGCUUACCUCCACCGCUGGAUGGAGUUCCAACCGAUGCCGAGGUCGCUCUGGAGCUUAUAUCGAGGAGAGUUGCGCAAGGUCUCCCGGUGCUACCUCAGAAGCGGCGGAAACACAGGUCGGCAUCGGCGAUGUCCUUGCCUGGUAGUCCAGAUCUAGACUCCCCAAGCAUACGUUCGGUCGACGAUGAUAAGAAGCCUUUCAGUUGGUCUGCGUUGGGCGACCGCGUUGCCGAAGGGAAGAACUUGGCCGGUAACGCCAAAAGACUCGUCACCAACAAAACGGAUACCCGCGCACCGGUUGAAACGAAUGCGAAGACCUAUCCAGCACAACACAAGCGUGGACCCGGGCUUAUAACGAUCACGUCGACACACCUCUACUUCACAAUGCUACAUUCCUCGACGCCGAUCCUCACCAUCCCGAUCAGCGAGUGUACUGGCAUCAAGAAGAAGGGCAUGCUGAAGGGGUUGGCAAUCACCUGGAGAGCUCAAGACGAACACGGAAACAUACAAGAGCAGGAAGACAUAUUUAGAAUCAAGAGGGAGGGCAUCGACCGGCAGGCUCUGUCCCUUGCUUCUAACCACGACCAUCCAGCCAUGUUCUUCACGCAGGAGCUGCUCUCCCGUAGAGACAGCGGCUUCGGCUUGCUCUGGCUCGCAGCCACUCUCGGCCCCAGGUCGAACCUCAAGAAGCUCGCCCGGCGUGAUGUUAUGAACGCGGACAUAUCUGAGCUCUGCGAUCUUAUCAUCGAGCCCGCCGAGCCGCUCGCGCUUCGUCUCUCAAGUAACCUUCUAGUGGGAGUUGCUCGGGUGUACAAAGUCAAACAUGAGAACUUCGUCUCGGACAUUACCGCCUUUUCGACCACUUUGAAGAAGGCCAUUCAAGAUUUAGCAAGUGGCGCGCUGGAUCUACAUAUGGGACAGUCUACCGUGCGACCGGAUACGGUCACGAUGGCCGUUGAUCCAGUCCUCGGGAUAGGCAUGAACUUCGACGACUUCUUAGAGAGCUAUGAAAGCGCCAUGGAAGACGGCUCUGACGAUGAAUACGGCAAGAGGAGGAAGCGCAAGGGCAAGCAACCUGCGGUCCCUAUCGAGCAGCGCCGUGCCGACGCGCAUACACUCGACGAAGACAUCGAGCACCUGUUAUCUGGCUCACAACUUCUCUCUGCAUCUUUCGACCAGUCCUUUGUUCAAGGCUCAUCAUCUCAGCAGGACGGCGGUCCUGGUUUCGACGUAUUCCAGGAUCAUGAGCAGCUCGACUUAGGCAUGAUUGGCGACGAGAUUGCCGCAGAACUUGGCGAUGACUGGCGUGCGGAUCCUGCACCUAAGCAAGACCAGCCAAUGGACAUGGACGAUCCCUUCGCUGUGCCCGGCAUGGAUGCCGAGGGUGGUGACUUCAUGUUCGCGAACUUCGGCCAGUCUGACGACGCGACGACGGUUGCGCGCGGCGCGGGGAGUGUGGCGACGUCUACUCGCAAGAGGGGGUUUGAAGAGUUGGAACUUCCUGAGCAGGAUGUUGGCGGACCCGCGGAACCUCAGGCGCUCACGCCGCUUGGAGCCAGCCCUGCUCCAGCCUCUCUUGUUGAUCAACCGGCGCAAGAGGCGGACCCGGAAACAGAUGCACACGCACGGCACGAUCGCAAGGCGAAGCGUGUUCGCCUACAACUGGAUGCUCGCACCGAGUUGACCGACGAAGAGAUGAAGAACGCGCGUGCUGCGUACCUAGAGCAUCAGAAUAGAGUACGCAGAGAGCUGGAAGUCAAGAGGCUCGAGAAAGAGACCGGCAAGGUUAUGGACUUCUUUUGGAAUGCCCCGCCCGAGUUCCAGGCGCCCGCGCUCGCAAACAUAUGGAAGCAGCGCGUGAAGGUACACAUCGAGGCGCGUACUGGCGCCAUGCGUGUCGAAAUGAGCAAUAGUCCGCCGCAGCGUUCCCGUGACGGAUCUGCGAGGCCCGCAGGCGGAGAAGCUGGCGUACCGGGCUGGGAUGCACCGGCUGAGGCGGAUCUAGGCUUUGCAGGCGACUUUGGUGGAGACUUCCCCGCUGACGAGCCCGUCGUCCCGUACCAAGAUGAUUAUCAACAGUCGCGACGCUCAUCCGAGGAGCCAGGUCAAGCCCGUAGGGGAUCGGCGCCCAUGUCACCGCUGGGCGGCCAGUUCGAUUUCAGUCUUGGACGUAAUGUGAUGGACCCGGCGUCCGCCACUUCAGCUUCGCAACGCAGCGCCGUCUUUCCCUGGGAUCACGCCGGCCUGAGUUCUUCAUCUGCAGCGGGCGGUCAUUUUGAUCCUGCACGCGACAGGAUCAGCGUUGGCCACCGCGAGGUCCGUAUGCGAUCCAGUCCUGCGAGUGGUCCGCGCAGCCGUCGCGAGAGUUCCAUACACUCGAGUCAACCUGGCGGUCGGGGAUUCUCACCUGGCGCAUUCGGACGCCUUGGUUCGCAUGCUCCUGGUGAGGACUUUGAAUUCGAUAUUCCAGAGGAAGGAGUCGCACCCGAGGAUCAGGAGGAGGACACGCAGGGGGAUGGAAACACGAUCACCCUCGAACGUAACUCGUACAACUUCCUCGAGUAUGCUCGCAUGCAGGCACAAACCGCCUCGGGGCCCGAUGGUCUUUCGUUCGACACCAUUGUCCCAAAAGCCACCAGUACGCCACAUGUCGCGGCCGCUGCAUUCUACCAUUGCCUCAUGCUCGCAACAAAAGAUCUUAUUCGCGUGAACCAAUCCGAGCCGUACGAGCCGCUGACUAUCCAGAUCAAAGGUUGA